AACGCUUCCGGUGACGUCACGGGAGAAACAUGGCUGCGGGCUGCAGGUGGAGAAGUCUUCAUCAGAGGGAGAGAGACUGAGCCUGGAGGGGCUGAGAAAGUGAAAGAUCCACCACCUGGCAUGGAAACCUGUCCAUUCUGCGGGAAGGCCUUCAAAAGGCUGAAGACCCAUUUACCGCACUGUAAGGCAACUGAGCAGGCAAAGAAAAGUCCAAAAACAGGGAAGACGAAAGCUUUAUUGGUGGAAGCAAAAGAGCAAAACUUAAAGAAGAAAAUUUUGCAGAACCCGAAGGAGGCCAGUUCAUUGGCAUCAGCAGACCCCCUUCAUGUAGCAGUCACACCGCCUCAAGCCUUGCCUGGAGGCUCCAAAUUCUUGAAGGCCUCAGAGGACAACUGGACUUGGCCCGACCGCGGGGCAGAUUUUAGAGGUGCCAAAGGGAAAUCGAGAAGCGCUGGUGUCAAGUCAACUGUAUAUGAGAACGUUUCCAAGAAAGCUUUAUUGGAGGAAGCCAAAGAGCAAUGCAUAAAAAAUAAAGUUUUGCAGGACCCGAAGGUGGCCAGUUCAUUGGCACCAACAGACCCCCUUCAUGUAGCAGUCACACCACCUCAAACAUCAGCUCUUCAAGCCUUGCCAGGAGGCCCCGAAUUCUUGAAGGCCUCAGAAAACAACUGGACUUGGCCAAACCCUGAGGCAGAUUUUAGAGGUGACAUAGGGAAAUCGAGAAGCGAUGAUGUCAAGUCAACUGUAUAUGAAGAAGUUUCCAAGAAAGAUUUAUUGGUGGAAGCAAAAGAGCAAUGCUUAAAAAAUAAAGUUUUGCAGAACCCAACGGUGGCCAGUUCAUUGGCACCAACAGACCCCCCUCAUGUAGCAGUCACACCACCUCAAACAUCGGCUCUUCAAGCCUUGCCAGGAGGCUCCGAAUUCUUGAAGGCCUCAGAGGACAACUGGACUUGGCCAAACUCCGAGGCAGAUUUUAGAGGUGACAUAGGGAAAUCGAGAAGCGAUGAUGUCAAGUCAACUGUAUUUGAAGAAGUUUCCAAGAAAGCUUUAUUGGUGAAAGCCAAAGAGCAAUACCUAAAUAAGGAAGGAGAUGACACAAUGGAAACGACAAAAAAGGCACAGCUCAAUAAAAAGAAACACAGUUGUCAAGAAUCUUGUAAAACCCAACAAUUUACGCAUGAAGAAAAUGAAAGUGAACAUGUAAAGAAAGACAUCAAAAAUAAUCAUUUAGGUCACACUCAUGGCAAUGAUCAUUUAAUUGAUAAAGAAGAGAAUAGAUCUGAUUAUUGUCCCAUAGAGGGUUCCACCACUCUGACCAGUUUAUGGAGUCCGGAAGUGGCAACUUCAAUAGUGCACACAGACCCACUUCCCGGAGCAGUCGCACCUUCUCAAAUAUCAGCUCUUCAAGUCUUGCAAGGAGGAUCUGAAUUCUUGAAGGCCUCAGAGAACAACUUUACUUGGCCAAACUACAAGGGAGAUUUUAGAGGUGCCAUAGAGAAAACGGCAAACAUUGGCAUUGAGUCACCUUUAUAUGAAGAAGUUUCUAAGAAAGCAUCAUUGGCGAAUGCCAAAGAGAAAUGCGUAAAAAAUGAAGAAGACACCACCUUGACUUUGCCAAACCACAAGGGAAAUUUUACAGGUUCCAUACAGAAAACAGGAAGCCUUGGCAUCAAGUUGCCUUUAUACAAAGAAGUUUCCAAAGUCAUGGAGGACAGAACGCGAGGAGAAGAUCAUUGCAGCUUUCAAAAUGGUUUUAAAGGUUCUUUAAAUGAGAGCCUUUUCCAGAAACCUGAGCUGCCUUCUGAGCCAAAUUCUUCUUUUCUGCCCGGUUACCUCCCGUCCUUUUGGCUUUAUACUCGGUGA